AACACCAAAAUCCCCACCAGAAACACUAUUAUUUAUUUCUAACAGCGAAAGCAACGUAGCUAAGUUACUGAAGCUGCGAGAGAGUACUGCGUGAACAAAGAAAAGCGAAGGUAAGUGGGCUUCUUAGCUAGGGUUUCCUCAGAAAUGAUUUACGACGUCAAUUCUCCUCUCUUCCGUUCAUUCCUCAGCCAGAAGGGUGGCUCCUCCGACAAGAGGAAAAUGGAGGAGCAAAAGCCUAAGGAACAGAAACCCAAAGCAAACGAGAACAAGCCAGUCAUGACGGAGUAGUCGUUGCUUUUGGUUUUAGGAUUUAAUAUGCUUUAGAAUGGAAGAUGAGGGUAUCAGAUGCUUUAAAAUGCUAUGAUACUUGCUACGAUAACUCUGUUUUUUGUGUGGAUCUUUCAAAUACUAUGAUUUUUGUUUUUUGACUCUGGUUGUCAAGCUUGUAAUUUUCUGUUUUUAUAAAUUUCAUUUCAAUAUCAAGAAAA